AUGUCUACUUACAAGUCACUAAUACCUUCAAAGCGAAAGUCAGAUGAGAACGUCGAGUCGCUGAUUUUCAAGAAACCUGUAACAGGACGUAAUCCGCUCGGUGUACUUGUUGCGAACAGCGUACCAUACCAGUUAGCAAAUACUCCUAGUACCUCCGGUGAGGAAGAAACGUACUGGAAUGUAGUAUGGCGUAAACCCCAGUUCAAGAAGAAUAAAACUUGGGACGGUGAUGGGGUACUGGUUGUUUGCGGUAGCAAAAUGACACUUCGGGAUCAGGAUAAUAAGAUAAUUAGCACAGGAGUCAUUUCACAGAGAACAGGGGUUAUUGAACCUGGAGCGUCUCUCUCGGUCGGCGGUAAAGACAUCGAAAUAGAUACCGCCAUCCAAAAAGAGGAAUACCUCUCUGGACGAUGCUUCGGAUCUUCUUCCACUUCAUUUAUUCCACUCCCACCACCUUCGAAGGGUUUCCAAGCGCCAAAGCCCCUUGCUCGCACAUCCGUAGGAGGCUCUUCCAAGCCCGCAGCUCCUCUUGGUGCCAAACUGGCUAUACCCACCCGAAAACCAACAAUAAUGGAAUCAAAAAAUAGCGUGAAACCGAUGGAUCAUCCCACGGAUGCUGACUACAAGGUUGUGCGGUACUACACGGUCAAUUGGCGUAAACCACAAACGAAGAAGCACAAGACCUGGGAUGGUGAUGCAUACUUGGUAGUGACAGGAACUCGGGGUGUGAUGCAAGAGGCGGGAGGACGAAUUUUGGGAACUGCGACUUGGGAUGCGGCUUGGCUUGAAGGAAGUCUCAUGUUUAUAGGGGGCAAAGAGGUUGAAAUCGACAAUCUCAUCACCGAGGCUGAGUUCCAUCAGCAAUGCAGUGGACUUCCUCCCCCAGAACCUGAGCCGGAGGGUCCCCGCCACUCUCCGUCCGUUCCGAAGCACCACUCCCCUGUUAUCAAGGUAGGCGCACCCCGGGCCCGGACAAACUUCACUCCGAAAGUGGAUGGACCUCUUCACGAUCCAGACCAAGCGGGAGCCUUGGUUUUGCCUCGUCCAACCCCUGCGCAUCAGACCAGAGCAGGGAAGAGCGGCUAUACCAUCGAGGAUGUUGUAGUCGAUCCUGUGUUGGCAACCAAGCUUAGGCCUCAUCAGAGGGAAGGUGUCAUAUUUAUGUAUGAGGCAGUCAUGGGGAUGAGACGACACGAGGGCUUUGGCGCUAUCUUGGCAGAUGAGAUGGGGUUGGGCAAAACGCUUCAGGCAAGUAGCAAUAAGACAAUCGCACUUCUGUGGACGCUUCUCAGACAAACUCCGUAUCGUCCACGAGAGCCUAUUUACCACCACAAGGGCGAGAUCGGAAAGGCUAUGAUCGUUUGCCCGGUUUCUCUCGUCGGUAAUUGGCGGAGCGAGAUUUGGAAAUGGCUUGGACGCGAUCGAAUGGGCGUUUUUGUGGCAGAGGAAACCAAUAAGAUCAAGCAAUUCCUCAACUCACGUGGACACGAUGUUCUCAUUAUCGGUUAUGAAAAAUUGAGGAGUGUUAUUGAUAUGCUAGUAUAUUCCGACCCAAUGAUUGACUUGAUCAUCUGCGAUGAAGGCCAUCGGUUAAAGUCGAGCAAUAACAAGACCUCGCAGAUGUUCACUGCACUGAAAACGAAACGUCGCAUCAUACUUUCCGGAACACCAAUCCAAAACGAUCUGUCUGAAUUUUGGUCUAUGGCUGAGUUUUGCAACCCCGGCCUUUUAGGCCAGUACAACGACUUCAAGCGGAUUUACGAACAACCUAUUGUCCGUGCACGAGCGCCGAACUGCACAGAGAAGAACAAGGAGAUCGGCGAAGCUCGCUCCAGUCAGCUGUCGUCAACGGCAAAGUCUUUCGUGCUCCGUAGAACUGCCGAUAUCCUAACGUCGUACCUACCUCCUAAAUACGAAUAUGUGGCUUUCAUUCGGCCGACAAAAGUCCAAAUAGAUUUGAUGCAGCGCGUGCUUACAUCCCAAGCAAUUGGCCGAGCCCUGCGGAACGGAAUGGCUCAGGCGUUGGAAAUGAUGAGCAUUCUGGGCAAGAUCUGCACCAGUCCAGUCUUGCUGAAGACAACUGCGAAGCCUCCAAGUCAGUGGGCGCCCGAGUACCAGGAGAUAGUGUCUCGCUUGCCUCGGCACAUGGAAGAGAGCGACAGCUCUUUCAGUGGAAAGCUCAUCGCGUUGAUGAACCUGCUUGAUGCUGUCCGCAAGAUAACAGAGGAGAAGGUGAUUGUCGUGUCGCAGUUCACCAAAACGCUUGAUGUAGUGGAAGCUAUAUGCACGAAGAUGCGAUGGACUCGAGAACGUUUGGAUGGAACUACGCCCCAAAACGAACGUGAUUCACGCGUGCAGACGUUUAACCGCACCAAUCAAGCGGAAUGCUUUAUUUUCUUGCUGAGCUUGAAGGCGGGAGGUGUGGGCCUGAACCUCGUCGGAGCCUCUCGCUUGAUUUUGCUGGACAGCUCUUGGAAUCCCGCUCACGACUUGCAAGCUAUGGCCCGUAUCCAUCGCGAUGGACAGAAGAGGCCCGUCCACAUAUAUCGCUUUUUGACUGUUGGCACAAUCGAUGAGAAGGUCUACAUGAGACAGGUGAUCAAGACUGGUCUGACAUUGAUGGCAGGUGAUGGUGAUGGCAAAGCGAAGGGGGAUUCAUUCACACAUGAUGAGUUACGCGACCUUUUCCGUAUCCAUACCCACACACCAUGCCACACGCAUGAUCUCUUGGACUGCGACUGUGCGGCCUCAAGGCUCGUCAAUGACGAGGGGGAUACUUCGGAUGGGGAAGAGAAGGAAGAGAAGGACGACGAACAAGGUGUCCUGGACGAAGAUACCGUGUCUGAAGCACCCCACCGCGGGUUCAUGCUCGCGUCCCAAGUGGAGAUUGCGGACAUUACUGCCAGAGCGAAGAAGAUGAAGAAAGACCUUGCCAUCCUAGACGAGUGGACGCACGUGAACUGUAUGGGGCCAGCUGGACGGCUGAGCAUCAAGGAUCCAGUGCUGCGUGACGUCAUUCGCGGUGUGUACGACAAGCAAACCCCUGCCGAGACUGGGGAAGGCGAAUCUUCCCGUGGGAGCAAGAUCCUAACGGAGAUCGACAUGGACAAGAUCCAAGCUUCUAGUGACUCUGAUGAUGGGGGUCAGAAUCGACUGACUAACAUGGAUGGUGUGCCUGAAGGAGCGGUGACGUUCCUAUUCACGAAAUGCAGCAUGUAG